AUGGCUAGUAGACAGAAGGAAAAAACAAAUAACGAAAUAACGAAAACAACGAAAAAAGGGAAAAAAAUAAAUGAGAACAUUAUCCAUUCGGUGAAGGAUAUUCAUAACGAUAAGAUAAAAUCGGUAGACUCUUCUCCCAAUAAAACGAAUCAACAUUCAGAAAAAGACAUGCCAUUUGGCUUAACAAAUUGGGAAAUAUCUUCCGAGCGUACUGUUUCGAGCGAUAUACGUGAAGGUGAAGGAAAUUUUUUCAGCAAUAACAUAAAAUGCGAUAAUGCCAAGACGAAAUUUAAAAGUUACGCAUUAAAUGGGAACGCUCCAGAUGCGCAACAUAGUGAACACUCAAACAAAUUAAAGGAAAAAAAACACUUACACACAAUAAUAAGGGAAAAAAUCCGCAAGUAUAACAUUUGUCACAACGGCGAAAGUGGAAACUAUUGUCACUCGCCAGAAAAAUUCAACAUCGAAUGCUCCCAUGAAGAUAAGGGAGUUGACAAACCCGACAAAACAGAAAAUUCAAAUAAUUUUUUUUACACAGAUCAUCACCCCGUUCCGCAUUUCCUGAAGCAGGAAUAUUGUGGCCACAAUAUAACUGCGCGCGAAGGGACUCGUCGAAAUAUCAAGGAGGAUGCAACGUUAGGCCGUUCAAAGUGUUAUAAAGAUAUGCACAGGAGAAAAUUCAACAGCAUGACGCGCUUAGAGUCCGCUUCGAAAAUCGCGGAUGACUCGAUAGAAGCCUUGCCGAGGGGCGGUGACUCCCGCGAUGGGGAGAACAAGACCGGCACCCCUUCCCAUUAUGAGAAACCAAGUGGCGACAGUGACAAGAGGGAGGACCGGGAGGAUCGGGAGGACCACUCGGCAGGAAGCCCUACGCAGGGGAAUGGCGAACCGAGCUGCCCUCAACGCGAUCAGUGUGAUCAGUGUGAUCAGAGUGAUCAUAGUGAGCAUCCCACGAAGAACAGCCCAUACGCUGAAAAUAUAAUCAGGUGCAACGACGAGGAACUGAAAAGGAGUCUUUAUAAAGGAGAAGGAGUUAACCCGGUUGCGCGGAUGGAGAGGUCCUCACAGAAAUAUCAAGAAAAGGGACGCUCCAAGUAUCGCAGAAAUUGCUAUAAUGUUAAGGAGAGCAGUAUUAAAAGUAUUGUGAAUGGUAAGGGUACACGCCGUGGUAGGAGGGAGGCUCAUAGUGAAGCACAUGAAGGGGAUUCGAGGGUCGAUGAACGGGAAAGCUCGUCAGAGGGGGAAGUAGACAAAUUCAGUGGCACGGGGAGAGGCUCCUCUGGGGAGGCAUCCUCGAAUAGAGGUGGUGAUGAGCAAGACGAUUGCGGUAGAGAAAACCACAACGAGGAACAAGGCAGCAAUGAGGAGAAUGGUGUGAGGGACAAGGGAGAUGGUAAGGCACAUGAUCGGAGAGAUAUUAGGGAGAAGAACCUGGACGAAGGCGGGUGGAUAGAAAUCGAGCAGCCGCUCAAUUUUUGGGAUGCCCUGAAGAACAAUUUCAAGAACGUGUUUUUGGUGAAAUCGGAGGGGGAGUACCCCACUGGGGGGGAGGAGGAGGUGGCGGCAAAUGGGGGGGAACCCGUUUUGGAGAGCGCACGAGGCGUGGAAAAGGAAGCUGAGUCAGACAACUCAGGCGACUCAGUCAACCAACUCAAGGCGUCCGCCGCGUCUGCCGCGUCUGCCGCGACUGCCGUAUCCGCCUCACCCGCCGCGCUCACCGAGGGGGCCCCCCCUUGCUUUGCGCGCACGAGGCAGUUCCCGCUCUCCCCAGACGUGUACGUGAAGUGCCUAAACUUCCUAAGCGCGGAAAAAAUACUAGAGUGUGAGUUGCUAAACAAGCUGAGCAGCCACGUGAUAAAUAACAGAAUCAACGUGUUCACCCAUGUGAAAAAGCUAACUCUGGAUGAGAGGUGGUCCCACAUCCCAAUAUAUAAGAGACAGUUCUAUCUACAUCAAAUGAAAAAUAUCAAGCAUAUGUACACCUCGGAGAAAAUUUACUCAGGAAAUGGAAUGUACAUUCACGAAGUAGCUGCAAUCAUAUUUCAAAAUGUAUCCAAUUUGAAGACCUUAGAAUUAUUAUCUCCUGAGUAUUGUAUGAAUGACAACACUCCAAGACAUGAGCCAUUCGCUCUAUGUCCUUCAGUUUUUUCAAAACUGGAGAAGUUAACAAUAAUUGGGUGUCAAACGUUGGAAUGGCUACACAUUUUGCGUAAUUGUUCCUUUCCAUUAUUAAAAAAAUUGGAAAUAUGUUACUAUCCCCUUCAUCACGAUCAUUGGGUAUGGAAAUUCAUUUUCGAUUUUACCCUCUUAGGGUUACAAGGUUUGUUUAAAAUAUUAUACACAAUGGAGAAUCUGCAAAAAUUGAGCAUAGGGUUUGAUGUACUGUUUGAUAACAUCGAAGGGUAUCUGUAUAACCCUUUGGAGAGUCACAGGAAUGUGUUGCAAGAGUUUAAUUUUGUUACAAAUAAUCAGAGGUAUACAAAUGCGUUGUCUGCUCCUCCAGCGAAUGGGAACCCGUCGAGGAAAUUUAAAAGUUACCGGGGAAGGAUUUGCGAAGAAGAUUUUAGUGAUAUUUUUACCAUUGCUUAUUACAUUUCGGGGAAAUGUGGGAAGCUGAAGAGAAUUAUGAUAAAAUACAGGGACUCGUAUGAUAGCUACGAGGAUGAGUUGGAUAACGAUGAGACUUUGAAUGAGUUCAUUUCGGAGGCCACGAACACGGCGUCGAGUUACUACAACUAU